CCACUCCUGCGUUUUUUCCGGAAACGGUAGCGUUUUCAGCCACACGCCCCUGAAACGCCGUGUAUCCGCCCAGUAACACCCAUUUCCUGUCAAUCACAUUACGAUCGCCGGAGCGAAGAAAAAGCCGUGAGUAAAAAUACUUUCUUCAUAGUAAAGUUACUUGGCGCAGUCGCAGUGCGAACAUUGCGCAUGCGUACUAAGCGGAUUUUCACUGCGAUGCGAUGAAAAAUACCGAGCGAACAACUCGGAAUGAGGGCCAUAGUACAGCUCAUACAGGUGCUAAAUGUUUUGCACACAAAUCACAUCCUGUUACACAUCAGAGAACUCACACAGGUGAGAGGCCAUUUCCAUGUCCUGAGUGUGGGAAAUGUUUUGCUAAGAAAUCAGUUCUUGUUAAACAUCAGAGAAGUCACACAGGUGAGAGGCCAUUUCCAUGUCCUGAGUGUGGGAAAUGUUUUGCUAAGAAAUCUGCUCUUGUUACACAUCAGAGAAGUCACACAGGUGAGAGGCCAUUUCCAUGUUCUAAGUGUGAGAAAUGUUUCACAAGGAAAGCAAUUCUUGUUAUACAUGAGAGAAAUCACACAGGUGAGAAACCAUUUUUAUGCUCUGAGUGUGGGAAAUGUUUUACACAGAAAUCAAAUCUUGUUAUACAUCAGAGAAGUCACACAGAUGAGAAACCAUUUUCAUGCUCUGAGUGUGGGAAAUGUUAUACAGGAAAAUCAGUUCUUGUUACACAUGAGAAAACUCACUCAGGUGAGAUGCCAUUUCCAUGUUCUGAGUGUGGGAAAUGUUUUGCUAAGAAAUCACUUGUUACACAUCAGCGAUAUCACACAGGUGAGAGGCCAUUUUCAUGUUCUGAGUGUGGGAAAUGUUAUGUAGAGAAAUCGUUUCUUGUUACACAUCAGAGAAGUCACACAGGUGAGAAACCAUUUCCAUGUUCUAAGUGUGGGAAAUCUUUCACAAGGAAAUCAAUUCUUGUUAUACACGAGAGAACUCACACACUUGAGAAACCAUUUCCAUGUUCUGAGUGUGGGAAAUGUUUUACACAGAAAUCGCAUCUUGUUAGACAUCGGAGAACUCACACAGGUGAGAAACCAUUAUAAUUGACACGUUCUAAGUGGGGUAAAUGUUUAUUACACAAUUGCUCUCUUACAACAGAAUAAAUCUCAAUGAUAGACCUAAAUAAUUUUUGCUACUGUCUAAAUAUUAAUGUUGAUUUUUUAUUUUAUUAUUAACGAUAAAUAGGAAUGACUAUAGCUUACCUGAUACAGGAGCUGUCAA